CCAUGGCUAGGGUUUUGCCAGGUUCGCUUCUUCACGUUGCUCUAGUGCGGCCUCCCGCCGGCUGCUCGCGCGAUCUCAUCGUUGGAGCGGAGAAGAAGAAACAAUGGCGGAGAAGGCGGUGACGAUCAGGACUCGGAAGUUCAUGACCAAUCGUCUUCUCUCCCGGAGGCAAUUCGUCAUCGAUGUCCUUCAUCCUGGAAGAGCAAAUGUCUCCAAGGCGGAGUUGAAGGACAAGUUGGCGACGCUUUACGAGGUGAAGGAUCCCAACACGAUCUUUGUUUUUAAGUUCCGGACUCACUUUGGAGGAGGGAAAUCUACGGGCUUUGGGCUAAUUUAUGACUCGGUGGAGAGCGCCAAGAAGUAUGAGCCCAAGUAUCGGCUUAUUAGGAAUGGGCUUGCCACAAAGGUUGAGAAGUCAAGGAAGCAAAUGAAGGAAAGGAAAAAUAGAGCAAAGAAAGUCCGUGGUGUCAAGAAGGCCAAGGCUGGAGAUGCUGCGAAGGCUGGGAAGAAGAAGUGAAUGGAUUCUUCAUUUGCUUUUGUUGUAUUGCCAUCUUGGGUCCAUAACUUCCUAGAGUUUAAUUUUGAGGAGAUCUUUUUAUUUUGUUAGUUUUGGAAUUUGAGUUUGGUUUAAGUGUGUUAAGGGAGUAGUGGAUUAGCAGAAUUUAAACUCCACUUCGCAAUGCUACUUUAUUUUGAGUAACCUUUUACAGCUUUAUCAGUCUAAACUUUUCUGAAGAUACUAUACGUAUUUUGAACCAGACCAGUAAAUCCAAAUAUUAUUGUUGUUAUAUACU